AUGCCCUUGGAUAACUCGCUGUCAACAUCUGUUCCAUCUGCAUCGGCCAUGUCUCUGCUUUUAGGACAGAAAACUCCCUCUCGCAUUGUUUCUCAGACCGUUUCUAGCACCUCUUGCACUGCUAUGGAUGUGGACAUAGAAGAGGACCCUCAGCGAGCUGUCGACCUGUUCCGCGAAAUGACUGAAAUCAUGCGCGGAGAUUUAGAAGCACGGACAGAGGCAGAGCCAUCAUCUCCUCCACAUGAUAUAGCUUCAUCGUCGGAUUUGACAGGAAGCAGACGUGAGCGUCGUAGUGAUGGCACAGGAUCACGUUUUGGAUUUCUUGGAGGAAUAAUCAAAGGAUUACCGGCAGCCGGAGUGGCGGUCUUGCUGAAUGUUGGACCAUCUUAUGAACGAUAUGAAGAGAUGGUCAAACUUUUCAGCAGUAUGCUUCUCCAUAAGGGGAGACUCCGCGGAACGGACGACUUGAAAUCUCGUGAAAUUCAUGAUGAUGUACAUAGUCCUCCAGCAGCAUUGGCGGUAUGGAAAAGUGCCGCUCACGUUGCGAGAACUACAGCUGCUGUUUUAGCUAAUGAGAGAAAGCCUCUCUUCUGUGCUAUGAACACUCGUCAGCGUGAUUGCCUCCUUGUUAUGGCUCGUCUGUCAGCCGUUCUCUCCUUCUGUAUUCAACUUCUUCCCGACUUCACUGCGAAUAUGCUCCGCGUGUUGUUGGCACCACCACCUCCAACCACUGUAGGCGCUGCAAGUGGUGUUCCCGUUAGUCCGCGAUCCCCAGAGUACCACACAACAACAAGUCCAGUUCAUAGCUUCACCAAUGCAAGCCCUUUAUCAUCUUCCGCCGAUUCACCAGCCAAAUUGCUAUCAUCCACUUUUGCUCAGUUGUUCUCCAGCAAAAAGGAAGUUAAUAUUAAUUUACUGCAUGUGGAUAUGUUGAGCUUAGCUAUAUCGCUGAUGAUGUCAAUUGGAUGGACUUGGCAUGAUGGUGCACAAUCUUUUAAACCAACUCGGCAACUGCGUGAGAUGUUACCGGAUGGCUCACAGGAUGAGCUGCAUGUUUUGAGACUUUGCCUGACAGGUCUUUACUUCCAGGUCUUUGUUACGUUCGAGGAUAGCGAGAUGGUGGAUGCGCAAGAGAGUGCGAAAGUUGAUGAAACGGUUUCAAAUCGUCUGAAGUUACUUUGGUCGAUAGCCAGACCAACUGAAUCUUUGUUGGUUGAUGUGCCAAGAUUGCAUGAGACUCUUAUUGAAGCAACACUAUCAUUGCUUCGUCCUCUAGCUCUUUUUUACCAUGCAUUGACUUUGGUCAAUCCACCUGAAGCUUUGAAAGAUCCCUCUGUCGAUGAAUUUGAACCUCUUUGCCGAUAUAUGGGACUUCCAUACCACUUUAUUGAAUUACUAGAUGGUUUUGCAGUAGAACAGCUUUUUGACAUGUGGUCCGCUGCUUCACCUCUCAACUCCCACUCGAUUGUUCGUCAACCAAUACAUGCAAAUCAACUCGUGGAUCUGCCCUAUGACUUCAGCGAUGUGAUACAUAUGGCUUCGGCAUUCAGGUGUCCAUCUAUACCCUUGGAGGAGAACGCAGCUAAUGUUCCAACCAUGUGCUUGGUAUGCGGCCAGAUCCUCUGUUCUCAGAGCUACUGCUGCCAAAAGCAGGUACGCUUCGUUAUCAUUCUGCUCAUCUCAGAUUUUCAGCGUACUUUUUUCCAGGUUGGAAAGGAAAGUACUGGUGCUUGUAGAUAUCACAUGAUACAUUGUUCCGGCCCAAUGGGAGUGUUUCUCAGGUGCACUUUUUCAUUUCGCAUAUCCUCCAUUUUUUUAAACUAA